AAUCCAGAAAAGCGAAUUCCACUUAACCGUGUCUUGGAUCAUCCCUUUUUUGACCAAAAGUUACCUAUUAUUCGAUUGCGUGAUAUUUUAAGCAAUGACGAAUCUUCAAGAGACCCUUUAGACUCUUACAAAAAUGCCAAAUCCAAACGUGGAUUCUCUAAAAACACACAAUUCAAUACUGACCGACUUAAACCACUAAAACAGAAAACUAAGCAUGCGUUUGUAGAAAUCUUGCCAACGGGAACAGUAUUCUUGGAUUUUUAUGACGAUCGAUAUUUGAUUACUAUCACCAAGGAUGGCGGAAAAAUAGAUAUAUUCGAGCGACCAGUUGGGAAAGAAACACCUGCAAUAUUAGUUAAUCCAAUAAAAUCGUAUACUUUUGAUGAAUUACCCAUUAAGUAUUUGAAAAAGUAUCGCUAUGCAGCGAAAUUUAUAGAAUUAGUUAAAAGUAAAACUCCAAAGAUAAUAUUUUACUCUCCACAAGCUAAAUGUAUUUUGAUGGAAAAUGGACCAAUGGCUGAUUUCGAAAUGUGGUUUUCUAAUCGGACAAUGGUUCGCCAUUCUGUAGCCAAGGAGUCUCUUGAAAUUACGAUUCCAUCUUCGACACAAAAAGAUAAUUUUGUAAAACACAAAUUCACUAUAAACAAUAAUUUGGACCUAAAACUGCCGUUGGAGCUAUUGUCUAUUUUCAAACACAUGCAAGAUUGCCUAAAGCAAUGUCUAGAUAUCGAAAGAAAUGGUAGUUUAAAUUCUAGUACAGUGUACCCCUUGAUCCUGAGGAGUUCGAGAUCUCAAGUAAAAAAUAAAGAAUUGGAUACCAAGCUAAAUAAUCAUCAGGAAAACCCUUUAUGUCAGGCGAGAUCAGCACCUACCCCCGAAUUAACUACACCAGCGGUCAUAACCCAACCACCAGUUCACGUUAAUGGGUCUAAAAGUGAUGAAGCUGCUACUCAAUGCACUACAAAUCGAAAACGUCCAUCAUCUUCAACAUAUUCUAUGUCAUUUAAAUCAACUAAUUCCUGCUUAGGUGGAAUAAAUCCUGUCGAAAAUAUGACAUGCAAAUAUAUUGAAGGUUUGGGUUGGUGUGUGAAGACAUUGGAUUCUCGAUUUACUAUGUUAUUUGAGGAUGGCGUGAAAGUAGUGUUGGAAUCAAAGAACCAAUGCUUAAAAUAUUCUGACGAAUCUAAACACCAUAAUAUUAAUAAAGGAAAAGUCAUAAGUUUUCCUAUCGAUCACAAUCUUCCAUCAUAUGCAAAAGAGCGAUUGGCACAUUUCCGAGAAUUCGCCAAAUUAUUUAAAGAUCCCUAA